GCUGGGGAGUCUCUGGGAUAAUCCGCAGGCCGGGACUGCUUUUGGAGCAACCUCUGCCCGAAGCGACAGCGCCUCCACUGUCCCCAGCUGCUCCAACCCCGGCAUCUCCAGAGUUGCCCCCUCUCCUGGGCCCGGGGCCCAGCCGCCACGAUGGACACGCCAGUGGAAGAAUCCCUCUUCCAACUCAUUCACUGCUACCACCAGUAUGCGGCCCGCGAGGGGGACGUGGAGACCCUGUCUCUGGAGGAGCUGAAGGCCCUGCUCAUGGACAAUGUGCCCCGUUUCAUGGAGAGCUUGGGCCGGAAGGAGCCAUACUUCAUUGCCGAGCUGUUCCGGGCCGCAGACAAGGACAAGGACAACCAGCUUUGCUUUGACGAGUUCCUCUACGUCCUGGGCCGGCUACUGAGGGACUACCAUCUACAGUACCACCGGCAGCUGUGUGCCCAUUACUGCGCCCAGCACAGCCUGUACUAGAGGCAGCGCCGGCAGCCUCCC